CUUUCUUCUGAGAAGAGGAGGAGGAGGAGACGGAGAAAAAUGGCCCUUUCGUUUCUAAAGGUGAUAUCACAGGAGUCAGUGAAAUUAAGAGAUGUGGCUGUGAUCUUUUCUCCGGACCAGUGGGCUUGUCUGAACCCUGAAGAAAGACAAUUGUAUAAGGAUGUGAUGCUGGAUAACUGUGAUUAUCUCGUGUCUUUGGGACACUGGACUUAUAAGGCAGAAGUGAUAUCCACUUUGAAGAAAGGGAAGGACAUCUGGAUGAUGGAGAAAGAGGUGAUGAGUGCUCCAUGCCCAGCAUGUCAGCCAGCAUUGGUGAAUUAUCAUGCCCUUAAUGAAUCUGAGACUAUCAUCAGACAAAGCUCUCACCGUGCUAGGUAUCAAAGAUUGUGUAGUUUUGUACAGCAUUAUGAAUGUGAGGACUGCAGCAUGGCUUUCAACCAUAUCACCCAUCUUACCAGACAUCAGGGAAUUCACAAGAUAGAGAAAGCCCCCAUACAGGGUCAAAACACAAAGGCCUUCAGGCAUUGCUCAUCAUUUACAGUCUUCCAAAGAAUUUAUAUUCUAGAUAAACAUUUGGAGUGUAACCAGUGUGGUAAAACCUUUAACAGCACUUCAAAGUUUAUUCAACACCAGACUGUGCACAGCGGACUGAAGCCAUACAAAUGUGGUGUGUGUCAGAAGACCUUCAGGUUUCUCUCUUCCUUUAACACACAUCAGAGAUUUCAUGUUGGCAAGAGACCAAACCUGAUUCUCCAUCAAAAAUCUCACACUCGAAAGAAACUCUUUGCCUGUAAGUCUUGUGGAAGGGCCUUUGACAGUUUCUCAGAAAAAGUGCAACACCAAAAGAUUCAUGUUAGAAAGAAAUAUUACACAUGUAAUUAUUGUAAAAAGGACUUCAGACCAUACUCAAAAUUUAUCUUACAUCAAAGAGUUCACACUGGAGAGAGACCCUACAAAUGUAAUGAUUGUGAUAAAUCCUACAAAAGCAGUUCAAAUCUUAAAAAACAUCAGAAAAUUCAUACUGGAGAGAAGCCCUUUUCAUGUGAUGAAUGUAAAAAGACCUUUACCCAGCUCAUAGAUCUUCAACGUCAUCAACACAUCCAUACUGGAGAGAAACAUUACAUAUGCAGCAAUUGUAAAAAGACCUUUGUUCGUUUCUCAGAUCUAACUCAACAUCGAAGAACUCAUACUGGAGAGAGGCCAUACCAGUGUAAUGUUUGUGAAAAAACCUUUAAAUAUUACUCAAAUGUUACUAAACAUCAGAAAAUUCAUUCUGAAGAGAGGCCCUUUACAUGUAAUGAAUGCCAAAAGACCUUUCGCUAUUGCUCAGACCUUAAUCGACAUAAAAACAUUCAUACAAAAGAGAAACUUUAUAAAUGUGAUGAAUGUCAGAAGGUAUUUAACAAUAACUCCAAUCUUAAUAAACACAAGAAAAUCCAUACUGGAGAGAAACCUUUUGUAUGUAAUCAGUGUAGAAAAGCUUUUAGCUUAAACUCAAAACUUAUUCGACAUCAGAAAACUCAUGAUAAAAAUAAACCCUAAAAAUGCAGAAAGGCAUUUAAAAAGCACUUACCUUUGGGUUCAAUUCCUAAUUCUAGCAAAAGGGAUCAAAGAUUUUUAGUCAAAGCCCAAUUGUGUGUGAAACAUUUGAGAACUAGAAAUAUGUAUGUAGUGAAGAAACCGGGAGAUGUGAUUAGAAAUGUAUUUUAUAUAUUGUAUUGACUUGAUUCUUUGAGCAAAAAAUGACUAAACAUAUUCAACCGAAACUUGAAAUUGGAUAAGGCUGUUCCUAGCAUGAGAAGUAGGCUAAGAGGUGGAGGGAAAAGAACACUCAUUUUGUCUGUUCAUCUGUUUUCACUGGAUGAAUAAAAAGCAUAUUUUCAAUGGAGGCAGCUCUCUAAAGAUGUAAACUUUUGUAGGGAGAUGAUGCAACCCUAAUCCAAGCAUAAAUAAGGAAAGCAAAAGCCUUCUCUUUGGAAUUGAACUAUCAGAAAAGAAGAAAUUUUGCCAUGGACAGUGGAAAAACAAAAUGCUGAUCACGAUCAGAGAAGCUAAAAGAUAGGGUUAAGAGGGUAGACACGAGAGGUCUAAAGGUUACUGGUUGUGGGGGGUGAUGGCUUUUGCCAUUAGUCUGAAUGGACAGAACUCUAGAACACCCAGCUUCCCUGAAUAGUUAGCACCAUCCUUAGAUGUAUCUAGAGAACCACAAGGAGAUGGACAAAUUGCACCAAUUAUAGUUAGAUUCAGGACACAGAGAAUCUAUUGUAGGAUUAUUUGAAAUAUGUGGAUUUCCUGUAUGCUUUAAUGAAUAAAUGCUAAGUCUCCUACUAUAUGCUAA